AUGUGGACGUGCUUUUCAGCUCCGCCGCAACGGCGUGGGGCGCCCACCGUCCGGCUGUACAGCAUCGCGUCGCAGCUCUUUGCUUUCAGCCUGUUCCCCUACCUGGCCUUCCUGUACUUCCUCACCCGCUCGGGCCAGACGCCGCGGACGGUGCUGUUCGGCUUUUACUUCCUUUUGGCCUUUGUGGGUGCGACCAUACCAGCCGGGAUCUACGCCAAGACCCACUACGGCACAUCCCUCGCUAACGUGGACUGGCUGCACGGCAGCGCGGAGUCCCUCCUGACCAUCACCAACCUGCUCCUCGUCCUGGGCCUCAGGCAGGCGAUCCGCGAGGCAGAGGCUGCAAAGGCCAAGGGCGCCGCUGCGGAGGCGGAGCAGGCCAGCAGCACAGCGGCGGUGGAGCCGGAAGCGGUCAGCAGCAAGCCGGGCGGGGACUCUUAG